AUGGCAGUUGACUAUGAGGUCGAUACUCUUGCGUGUGCUAGGAAUAAUCGGGUAGCCAGUCAACGAUUUUACAACCAAGUGAUGACGCCUUCACGGACGUUUUUCGUCCAGGAUCUGCCAGUGAUGUUGCAUCGUAGUCCUUCGGGUGCAAAGCGAAAAAUCAGGCAACGAAGAGAAGAACAAGGUUCGCGUCCCUCACCAUUCCUUCCAGCUUCUGCUUCAUCGUCCAAUCAGGCCUCUCCAGCAACGUCGAUUGGAAGCAAUUAUCGAUCAUUAAUAGAUUCGGGUGGUUAUCAAUCGAUUUUGCCAGAUUUCGACUCCUCUUUCGUGCCUGUUACUCAGCCAAGAUUGAAUUCUACGUUUUCGACGUCAAUGAGUUCAUUAGAUAUUACCAAUACGUCUUUAUCGAGUAGUUCAACACCACCCCCUCCACCUCACACAAAACCUACAGUGGAGGUGCAUCCGAUGCCUAACGAAGAGAGAAUUAUGGCACUAAACGACGCUGAAAUGAGGAAGGAAAAACCUAUGGUUCCAGCAAAGCCGAAGAAUCUGAAGGUUGAUCAUCUGAACAGUUUGAUUGGAACACCAUCAUCGGCAAGCUUUCAACAAACGUGCAAUGCAAGUGAUCGUGGUUCACAUGAAUUGAAGAAAGUAGAUGAGAAGCAAAUAGAGUCAAUCGGACCGAUGAGUCGGCGUGCUCGUGAUUUUGAAGGCGAGCGGAGUUCUGUUGACGAUGAUAUAUCAGCCAACGAGAGGAACGGAGAGUGCCUUCUCAGUGUUAUUGAAAAACAUGAUCUCCACUUAGCAAACAAGAUUCGACGUCAUAUAGAACAUUUCAAGGAGCUAUUGCGCUUCGAGAUGAAAUUGCGAUGUUUGCUGGAAAAAGUUGUAGAUCGCAUCCGUAGUGGAGACGACGAAACAGAAGCGUUGUUAGAAGAAGCUCGACUACGAAGAAGACUCUCCGAUGUGAACUUUCUUCGAAUGACUUAUGCCCGUCGUGAAAGGGACCUUGAAUGUGCUAUGUCACGUUUCUUCGAAGAAGAAGAAAGCAGGCAAUGGCACUUUUACAAGGACACGUUGGUGCAGUUAGUGCAAAACGAAGAGCACAUUCGUGGAAGCGUCGUGAACUCCAAGGGGAGUUUUCGAUCAAAGCACAUCAUUCGGCAAAGCCCAGAGAACUAA